CAAAAAUUAGCUUUGAACUCAAAUUCUCAUCAAUAUAAAUAUACGAUUUUCAAUUUUGGAAAAAACGCAGCACCAAAAUUUCAGUUCCUCAGAAAAAAAUGGUGGAAAACAGAAAAUGGAAAUUCUCCAUACUUGGCUGCUUGGUCUCCUUCAUCUCUGUUCUUUGUACCCAGCUCACGCUCUCUUUUCUCCCUCUCAUUCUCCCCACCGCAUCCCUUUUCACUCUCCUCCCCCUCUCAGCCCUGCUGCUUGUAAUUGUCGUGGGUUUGGGGAGAUUCUGCAAGAGGGCUGCUGGUGUGAGGGCCUCGGCUCCGGCUUUUGUGUUUCUUAGCAUUUUGUUUGUGUGGGCUCUUUACUUUUUUGUGAUUCGCCAAGUUAUUUCCCCAUUUGUGGAUGUUGUGUUCAAUGUUGAGGUUAUCAUGGUGAUCAUUGGCUUGUAUCGUAUUAUGUCAUUGGACCCUGGCUAUGUCACCAAUGAUAUUUCCUGCCAUGACUUAGAGGAGUUGAAAAUUUCAGCGCCUAUCGAACAUCGUGAAUCUUUGGCCCAGGAGGUUCUUACAGGACAAAGGAGUGCAAAAUAUUGCACACACUGCAAGCAUUAUGUUACAGGUUUUGACCAUCACUGUCCUGCAUUUGGAAACUGUAUAGGUAAAAAAAAUCAUCUUUUCUUUAUAGUGCUUCUGGUUGGAUUUGCCACAUCUGAGGCAUCUUUUGCAGUAUGUGCUUCCCAUUGUGAGUCCAAGCUAACUGGCCUUCAGUUAUUACUACCUUUUCUGAUAAACUGGAAACAAUAUCCAGAAUUUCAAAUGAAAGUCGAUCCUGUUGCUGAUCAAACACGGGUCAGCACGAAAUUCAUAAACCCAUAUAACCGAGGAAUUUUGAGGAAUUUGAAAGAAUUUGUAACGGGUAAAGGAUAGAUAAAAUAUGAGUUGUUCGGCAUUUGUUGGGAAGACGUAAGGAACUGCAUUGUCCGAAUUCAGAGAGAAACAAAGGAAGGAUUAUUCAAAUUUCGGAGGAAUGUGUUUGUGUUAGUCUUUCCAAUGUGAGAGUUGAAAUAAUACUGUUUAUCUGAAUGAUCACAAAUGUUUCUCCCAUGAGAUGCUUUGUAAGACAAAUCAAAUUAUGCAUGCAGUUUGUCGAACACGAAACACUUCUUGUUGCUAGCUUCGUUACGCUAUGCCUUUGCAGUUAGGAUAUGGGCCAAGGGCAAGUUCGCCGUUGAAAAAAAAAAAGUAGAUUGCAAUUUACACGGUGAAAUUUUU